AUGGACCAGCAGGGGGCGGCGCCGUCAAGCAGCACCAGCACCAGCACCAACAGCAGCCGCAGCACGUCGGACCACCCCCACCACGCGUCGGCCGCCGCGCACCACCACCCCUUCUACUACGCUGCCGCGGCGGCUACAGGCGCCACGCCGCCGCCGCCGUUCAUGGGCUCGCUUGCGAUGGUACCCGCGGCUACCCCGGCGGGAGCGCAGACGGCCAACCACAGCCAGUCGAUAACGGUGGCCGAGCCGCCGUCCGAGAAGAAGGUGGCGAAGCGGCCGACCAAGGACCGGCACACCAAGGUGGAUGGGCGCGGGCGGAGGAUACGGAUGCCGGCGCUGUGCGCGGCGCGGGUGUUCCAGCUCACGCGGGAGCUCGGCCACAAGACCGACGGCGAGACCGUCGAGUGGCUUCUGCAGCAGGCCGAGCCCGCUAUCGUCGCCGCCACCGGCACCGGCACCGUCCCCGCCAACUUCUCCACGCUCGCCGCCUCCCUCCGCCCCGGCGCCUCCUCCCGUGCCGCGCCCUUCCAGCACCACCUCCAGCACCAGCCGCAGCACGACGUGGCUGCCAUGCUCGGGUUCCAUGGCCACCAUCAGCACCAGCUCCUCCCCCCGCCGCCGCAGCAGCACCACCACCACCAGCACCCGGAGGCGCCGCAAGAUCCUGGAGCCGGGGAGUUCAUGAGGAAGCGGUAUAGGGAGGCGGACGACCUGUUCAAGGACACCGGACGCCAUCAAGACCCGGAGGGCGGCGGCGAGCCCGCGCAGAAGCCCAGGCCGGCGCCGCCACCCACUGCUGUUUCGGGGGCAAUGUGGGCCGUGGCGCCGAACAGCGGCGCAGGCGCAGGCGGCGGCGCCUUCUGGAUGCAGCCGGCAUGGGCCUUCGGCGCCGGGAACACGGUGCAGGCGCCGCUGCAGUUCAUUUCAAGAAGCAGCUUCCCCGGCGGGAUGGGCGACACGAAUCUCGGCAUGCUGGCGGGCCUCAACUCCUGCGGCCGCUCCACCGGCGGCGAGCAGCAGCAGCACCAGCACCAGCAGCAGCCGCAGCAGGAGGAGGAGGAAGGGCAGCCUCCCGAGAUGGAUCAGCACCGCCGAGGCAGCACCAGCGCCGGCGCGAACGGCCACGAGGCCGGCCACUCCGCCGCAAGCCCGCAGUAA